AUGAAGAGGGUUGUGGAGAAGAGCGGGAGAAACCAAGAKGGCUCUGUCAAUGGGGGGAGCUGGAAUAUCCGCCACUUCCGCUCCAGCUCAGUGCCCAUCCCCCUGGCUGUAGAGAACUUGGUACAUUCCAGCCAUGGCCCAUCCAUCAGACCGGCCCUUCAACAGGCGGCCCAUACCACUGAGGAUGGGGGAGGCCUGGCAUCACCACGGAAACAGCCUCCCCCUAAACCCAAGCGGGACCCCAGCACUCGUCUGAGUGCGUCCUACGAGGCAGUCAGCGCCGGACUGACUCUGGGACCCCCGAGAGAGAGCCCCACUCCCGAGGGCUACGGGUCCCCUGCAGGGAGCCCCCCCAAAACACAGUUGUCCCCUACGGAUGCUCUGUCCAAGCCGCGACCCCACAGUGAUGACUACACCACCAUGAGGAAGGUGCCUCCUCCCAAGCCCAAGAGGAACCCCAACACAAAGCUCACUGGCUCCUAUGAAGAGAUCAACGCUGCCGGCUUGAACUUCCUCCAGCUCCGCCCCGCUGAUGUCAAACUGGCCCUGCUGUCCCGCACUGGAGGGCUAGGGGGUAUGGGGUGUCUGAGAGGGCUGAUGCAGCGUGCAGCAUCUGUGGACGGCCCACAGGGGGCGACACUGAGCCUGCACCAUAACCAGGAUGAGGAGGAUGUGUACAUAGAGAUGGUGGGGGCUCAGGCCAGGAGUUACAGUCUGGGAGGGAGUUACCAGGACCCCCCCGACAGCCCCGAGCAGGGAGACACCGAGGCCGUCUAUGAGGAGAUGAAGUACUUCCUGCCCGAGGAGGCGGGACUUCCUGUGGGAGGGGCAGUUGCUGCGGCGAAGGCAGCUGGGAAGCUGGAGGCGUUAGGGUUGAUGUUAGGGGGYUUAGGGUUGGGCUUGUCUCCCUCUCAGAGUGGAGAGGGGAAGAGGGCAGGGCCGGGGGGUGUAUCUACUACCAUGGAGGCCCAAACAUCUGCCGCCGGAGGAAACAGCAAGCUCCCUCAUAGUAAAGAAGGAUGGUGUGACAUCCCUGCACCAUUCCCCAACCUGCUCACCCACCGCCCCCCUCUCCUGGUGUUCCCCCCCUCCCCAACAGACACCACGCAGACCCCACCAAACACCCCCACAAAAACAACAAAACCACGCAGGACCCCCACCACACCCCCCCCCAAAAGGCUGCAGAGGGGACAAGCCCACACCUCGCCUACUCCUCGCAGCACAAGUCCACCCGCCCCAAGAGAGCGCCGCGGCACGCGUGCCCACUCACUGGCUCAUAUCACUCCGGCCCCUGGACUAGUUUUCAACCAGCCAACGGAGACCCUGACUACAGCCCUCAGCCAGCUGGAUGAGCCUCAACACCCUGUUCAGCUCUGGACGCAGCCUGCUCAAGAAGACCACUUACAGGACGCAAGAUGA